UACCUACCUACCUUGCUGCUCGCCUGUACCUGACUUCACCUCUGCCCUCUGCGCUGAACCCGCGAGGCCCUGUCCGUCAAUCAACAUCCGUCCGACUUGCUUUUCCCUUCUCUGUACACACUCCGGCCUCAAUCUCGAAUUUUCGUCUCAGCCUCGUCCCAGGAAGCUAGGCUUGGUAUCGUCAAACUCGCCGCGAACUACCGCUACCCAUUGAUUCCGACGGCUAGCCUACUAUGGAUCCCAACGAGAACAACCAGGCGCCAGACGCGCCCGAUUCCAAGAAGAUGAACGAUAUCCGACUUCGACGGCUGGCCAAGCUCGGCUCGUCGACCAGAUCCCCGAAGCCUGAAGACAGCUCGCCAAACCCAGAGACCGACGCCGAGACCUCGACUGCAGCAACGACGAGCGAAGCCAAAGGCAAGUCCCCGGCAGACCUGACGCCUUCCUCUACCCCGAAACCCGCCGCCGCGAACCCUUUCACCCAGCUUGGCGUUAGAUCCGCAGGCGCUGCGUCGCCGACGACAGAAGGCGGUGCUCAGAAGCGAGGCUCCUCUAAGAUCGACGAUCGCGCCCCAGCGCCUGCCCCCGCGAAGAAGGCCAACACGGAAGAAUCUGUUGAAGACUUCUCGGACAGGAUACUCAGCCACGUCUUCCGCAUCACUGUCGAUCCUGACCGCGUCACUGACAUCAACGGCCCCAAGCUGAACUUUCUGUCCGAGACAGGUCAGGAGCUGAAGGAGAAUGGAUCGCCACUGAAGCUCACUGCUGCCGUUCUCGACAGCGCCCUGUUGGAGGCCGUCACCGCUGUCCCUGCCGAAAAGCCGAUCCUGGGUUACCUCCUUCCCUGCUUCAAGCGGAUUAUCCGGUCCAACAUCAUCAAGGAGACGCCCGAAAAGAGAGAGAUUUUGGAGGAAGCAAAGAGACUGUGUGUUAGCAACUGUUUGUUCGCCCUCACGAUACCCGAUCUCUUUGGACGGUCGCAGCCCGAGAGCCUGGUCCCAUACCUGCUGCGGGGACAUGAGCAGGAUGACGGCGUCUGUUUGGACUUCCUCCGGGAAGCCGUUAAGCGGUUCCCAGAGGACGAACAGUUCCCGGCUGUAUUCGCCGAUGCUAUGCAUUCCAUCAGUACUAAGCUGUCUGGGUUGACUAUGGAGAGCGACUACAAACCGUACAUCAACGCAUUGAUGUCGUAUACCAAGUUCCCGCCUCUGCUGAAUGCCCUUUCACAGCACCCCAACUUCAUGACGGCGCAGAAGUCUGGCGCGUUUGUCGAAAGGGAGACCAUAUUGGGACCCUUCUUCCGGUUAUCGCCUCUGCAGUCCGAAGUGACGCUGACCUACUUUCCCAACCCGCGAGGGUUGGACCGAAGCCGGGCCGCGCCCUCGCAAGACGCCCUGCGAGCCAUUCUACGGGUUCACCAGGACGAACUCUUUACCAUCGCCAAUGCUUUCAUCCGGGCGGACACGGAGACCCGGACACGGGUCCUGGACUGGUUCGCCUCGGCAAUCAAUACCAAUCACAAGCGCAGGGCUAUUCAGGUCGAUCCCAAGGAGGUAUCUUCAGACGGCUUCAUGAUGAACUUGACUGUUAUCCUGGACCGUUUCUGCUCACCUUUUAUGGACACCACCUUUUCAAAGGUCGACAGAAUCGAGGUGGAAUAUUUCCGGCGCAACCCUCGCGUGGAUAUCAAAGAAGAAACCAAGCUCAACGCGGACCAGUCAGCAUCUGAUGCAUUCUACGCCAAGAAGACUGAAGGUAACUCCAACUUCAUCACCGAAGUCUUCUUCUUAACCCUUGCCGCGCAUCACUAUGGAAGUGAGGCGACAAACUCGAAGCUCAAGAGCUUGGAGCGUGACAUCAAGUGGUACGAGAAGCAUCUUACAGCCAUGGAGGCCGAACGGCCAAAGGUGCAGAAUCAACCCGCGCAGCUUGCCAUGUUUGAGUUGACGCUCAAGCGGCACACGGCUGUCCUGGAGAAGGCCAUCGCGAUGAAAUACGCUAUAGAGGGCGUGUUUCUAGACGAAAAGAUGCAGGAGCUGUCGCUUCGGUUCAUGCGAUACGUGGCCGUCUGGUUGCUUCGCCUGGCCAGUCAAACCAACUACACACCGGACAAGGACCUUCAACUUCCCCUGCCUGCCCAGGCGCCCGAAGCUUUUGCGUGUCUCCCCGAGUACGCGCUCCAGGACGUGGUGGACAACUUCAAGUUUGUGUAUCGGUAUCUCCCUCAGAUCAUGCCCUCUGCCGUUGGCAGUGAAAUGAUUGCAUUGUGCAUCGCCUUCUUGCGCUCGUCUGAAUACAUCAAGAACCCCUACCUCAAGUCCUCGCUGGUUACGUUGCUUUUCUCUGGCACGUGGCCGUUUAUGCACUUCAAGAAGGGCGUCCUCGGCGAUCAGCUUUACGGGUCGAAAUUCGCCAAUGAUAACCUCUUGCACGCGCUGAUGAAGUUCUACAUUGAGGCGGAAUCGACCGGCGCCCAUACCCAGUUCUACGACAAAUUCAACAUCCGUUACGAGAUCUUCCAAGUUAUCAAGUGUGUCUGGGGCAACGACAUCUACAAGCAGCAGUUGACGCGAGAGAGCAAGGUCAACCGACAAUUUUUUGUUCAAUUCGUCAACCUACUGCUUAACGAUGCCACCUACGUGCUCGACGAGGCGUUGACGAAAUUCCCCAAGAUCCACACUUUGCAGCAAGAGCUGGAAUUCGGCAACAGUCUAUCAGCGCAAGAAAGGGAGAAGAAGCAGGAAGAGCUGCAGGCGCUGGAGGGACAGGCGGGGUCGUAUAUGCAGCUGGCCAACGAGACACUGGCGAUGAUGAAGCUCUUCACGUCGGCACUGGCGUCGGCCUUCACGAUGCCGGAAAUCGUGCAGCGUCUGGCGAGCAUGCUGAACUACAACCUGGAGACGCUGGCGGGCCCGAAGAUGGGCCAGCUCAAGGUGAACAACCCGUCAAAGUACCACUUCCAGCCGCGAGUGCUGCUGUCGGACUUUGUCGACAUCUACCUCAACCUGGGGUCGUCGCAAGCGUUCAUCGACGCGGUCGCUUCGGACGGGCGGUCGUACAAGCCGGAGGUGCUGGACAAGGCCAGAUUCAUCCUGUCGAAGCGGAGCAUGAAGGACGCCAGCGAGCUUGAGCAGUUUGACAGACUGAAGAGCAAGUUUGAGGAGUCGAAGAAGAUUACGGAUCAGGCGGAACUGGACCUCGGCGACAUCCCCGCAGAGUUCGAGGACCCGAUCAUGGGUGACCUGAUGAAGGACCCAGUGAUCUUGCCGUCAAAGCACAUUGUCGACCGUGGCACCAUCGUGCAGCACCUGCUAUCGGACCCCAAGGAUCCGUUCACGCGGCAGCCGAUGACGGUGGACGACGUGAUCCCUCACACCGAGCUGAAGGACAAGAUCGAGAAGUGGAAGGGCGAGAGGAUCGCGGCGGCCAAGGCCAGGGCGCAGGGCGACGCAAUGGACACGACGCAGGAUUGAUUCGACGACGACAACGACGGCCGGGGAAAGUGGAGGGUCACAUGAAUAUGGGGCUUAGGGUUGGACCUGGGCUUGGGAGGAGUCCUGGGUGACGAGGCAUCGCAUCCUUGUAUCUGAUUAGACGUUCACAGGUCCUCGAGACUCGGUAGGGACUAGGCAGUAUCAGCACGACCAGAAAUAGCGUGGUCUUGGAAUAGACGAAGAAGCCGUCUGAUAGUAAAGCAUUC